ACGCUCACUCCCUUUGCUAUGACUUCACCGUCAAUCUGAAGCCCACACCUGGACAACCGUGGUGUGAAGUUCAAGGCCAGGUGGAUGAAAAGACUUUUCUUUACUAUGGCUGUGGCAACAAUGUCAAGCCCUUGGGUCCCCUGGGGGAGAAGGUGACUAUCACAGAGUCCUGGGAAGAACAGCCUGGAACUCUGCGUGAUGUGGCGGACACGCUCAAACAGCAACUGGCUGGCAUUCAACUGGAGAAUCACACAACCGGGGGGGCAGGUCCUCUCUCCCUGCAGGUCAGGAUGUCCUGUCAGCGUGAAGCCAGUGGACGCACCAGUGGGUCCUGGCAGUUCAGCUUUGAUGGACAGACAUUCCUCCUCUUUGACCCGGGGAACAGAGAGUGGACAGAGGUUCAUCCUGGAGCCAGAUCGACAUGGGAAAAUGACAGAGAUGUGACCGACUUCUUAGUGAGGAUUUCAAUGGGAGACUGCAAGAGGUGGCUUGAGACAUUUUUGGAGCACUGGGAGAAAAUGCUGGAGCCAAUAGCAUCAGAGUGGGUUACAUUGUCACCUGGCUUCCCUCAGCAGCUCUACGAGCUCCUUGAGGACAAGACCCAUCUCCUCUCUCCCUUCCUACCAGGACCUGUCCCAGUGACUGCCACAUAG